GGACCUAGCGGUCAGGGGUCCCUUUACCUUUACCAUUUUCUAAUCAGUGUUUGUUUGAAUACUGUACCCUCUGUAAACUUGUGGAAACAACAGUGAAGAACUUGGACAGGUUGCAGAGAGAAGGGGGACAUUUGGAAACUUAGAAAACUGCUUUGCAAUGUGAGGUUCCUAGGGCAAAAUAUUCCUAGGGCAACUGUUCAACUGCACCCUAUAAAGCAAGGGUGGGCUGAAGGUAGAUCAAUAUCUACUGGUAGAUCUUCGACUGAUUGUCAGGGUUUUGUACUUUCAGUUGUUUAACAGUACCACCAAAACUUAGUUUCUUUGCUAUAUUAAGACUGCUGAAAUAAAUAAAAGUAACCAGGAAUGUAUUUUUGCAGGAAAGGGUUAAAAUAUCAGUUUUAUUUUUGACUGACAACCAAUUCCUAGGUUUAGAAUGUGCUCAGAAGCAUCCCUCUAUUUUUUAAAAAACAACAACCAUAUGUCUCUCUUGCACCUAGCUCUCUCGAGUAGAUCUUGUGGCGCUAUUAGAGAACAAAGUAGACCCAACAAACCUCAAGUCUGUCCACUUCUGCUCUAAAGUAUUUGAAGACAUGGUAUAUUUAAGGAUGGACUCUUCUGUGUUCCUUUUCUAGUGGCCCACCAGUCAUUUAUCAUCAAAGAAACAGCUUCCUCGGUGGAAGGGGAUUUGGAAGCAAAGAAAUAAUAUGAGAGUGCAAGUAUUACUUCUCCUUGCCUGUAUCUGUCAUCAGGCAAGUUGACUACCUGCCCCAAAUAAAAGUACAAUGUGUGCAUAUAUAUAUACAGGUAGAGGGGGUGACAGCACACAGAGAUGAAGGGCACUGGACUCUGUCAACUGUGCUUGGAGAGUUAACACCUGAAAGAGUAACCAGAUUUCUAAAUGUCCCAAGUGACGGAAGUUUGAUACUGACAUUUAUUGGAGCCUAAACUGAGGAUUUUUCAGAAAUACUAAGAAAUUUGGUGAGCGACCUCAACCUAAACGGCUCACCAGGGAAGCAAUGAGAAACUAUUUAAAGGAGCGUGGUGAUCAAACAGUCCUAAUCCUUCAUGCAAAGGUUGCACAGAAAUCGUAUGGAAAUGAAAAGAGGUUCUUUUGCCCCCCUCCCUGUGUCUAUCUUAUGGGUAGUGGGUGGAAGAAAAAAAAAGAACAGAUGGAACGGGAUGGCUGCUCUGAACAAGAGUCUCAACCAUGCGCCUUUAUUGGGAUAGGUAAUAGUGACCAAGAAAUGCAGCAGUUAAAUCUGGAAGGAAAGAACUAUUGCACAGCUAAAACCUUGUACAUAUCUGACUCCGACAAGCGAAAGCACUUCAUGUUAUCGGUAAAAAUGUUCUAUGGCAAUAGCGAUGAUAUUGGCGUGUUCCUCAGUAAACGAAUCAAAGUAAUUUCCAAACCAUCUAAAAAGAAACAGUCCCUGAAGAAUGCAGAUUUGUGCAUUGCAUCGGGGACAAAAGUGGCACUAUUCAAUAGACUUCGGUCGCAAACAGUUAGCACGAGAUACUUGCACGUGGAGGGAGGAAACUUCCAUGCCAGCUCGCAACAGUGGGGAGCAUUUUACAUCCACCUCUUGGAUGAUGAUGAAUCGGAAGGUGAAGAAUUCACAGUUCGAGAUGGCUACAUUCAUUAUGGGCAGACGGUUAAACUUGUUUGUUCCGUCACUGGCAUGGCACUCCCAAGACUGAUAAUUCGAAAAGUGGACAAACAGACGGCAUUGCUAGAUGCAGACGAUCCAGUGUCACAGCUCCAUAAGUGUGCGUUCUACCUUAAAGAUACCGAACGAAUGUACUUGUGCCUUUCCCAGGAGCGAAUCAUCCAAUUUCAAGCCACUCCAUGUCCAAAAGAACCAAAUAAAGAGAUGAUUAAUGACGGAGCUUCAUGGACAAUCAUUAGCACAGAUAAAGCAGAGUACACCUUUUAUGAGGGAAUGGGACCUGUCCAUGCUCCAGUAACACCUGUGCCUGUUGUAGAAAGUCUCCAGUUGAAUGGAGGAGGGGAUGUAGCAAUGUUGGAACUUACUGGACAGAACUUCACUCCAAAUUUACGCGUCUGGUUUGGAGAUGUGGAAGCGGAAACAAUGUACAGGUGUGCAGAGAGCAUGCUGUGUGUCGUUCCUGACAUUUCCGCAUUCCGGGAAGGCUGGAGGUGGGUCCGCCAGCCGGUCCAAGUCCCAGUCACAUUGGUGCGCAAUGAUGGCAUAAUCUACUCUACCAGCCUUACAUUUACCUACACGCCAGAGCCAGGACCCCGACCCCACUGUAGUGCCGCUGGAGCAAUCCUCAGAGCCAACUCCAGUCUCCUGGCAUCCAACGAAACAAGCACAAACAGCGAGGGAAGCUACACAAACAUCAGCACAAAUCCAACCAACGUCACAUCAUCCACGGCAACAGUAGUUUCCUAACCACUGCUCUUUUAUGUGGAACUUCUAAAAAAAAAAAACUUAAGUGCUUCGAACAAUGAAACUGAACAACUUUUGUGGUUUCCCGGUGGGGUGGAAAAACCUCUUCACUGCUCUUUGAACUUCUUUCACCUACAAGUGCUGAUCUCAGUAGAAGCCACAACUAAAAAAUCGCGGGGAGGAAAGGCCCAUUUCUAUUCAUACUCAAAAUCUAUUUUUAGUUGUCUCUCUUAAAAAUGGGCUCGAAACUAAAAAAAAUAAAUAAAAGUGGCUGGGAUACAAGUUGAACUCGAAAACAUGGACAUAACAUAGUUUUUAUGGACCAAGGAAACGCUUUAGUAUAAAAGGUACAUUUUCACCAUACCUUUUUGUAUCACAACAUAUAGUAUGCUUUUGUUACCAAAUAGUUUAUAUAUUAUUUUUUUCCUCUGAGCGUUUGCUCUGAAGUAUACUCAGGUUCCAAGCCUGACCAUUCUUGUAUAAUCACCAUACUCUUCCAGUUUUUAAAAAAUAUAUAUAUUUUUGGUCUGUGGCUGGAACUUGCAUUUUUUUAAACUGAAGUCUUGUGACUUUUUAUGAACUGAUUUUUUUUUAUUUUCACCAAGUAGAACCUUGUAAAGGCCAGCAUAUUUUUUUUAAGAUGAUAUGAAGUUUGUGCAAAAGCUUUAAAAAAAUGCCUCUGCCUUGCCUGCAAUACAUGCAAUGUAUGUUAACUUUAGAGCUCCUCUUUCCGCCAUUGUGGACAGCUCUUUCUAUGUGUUCCUUUGUUAUGUAUUUAUAGUGUUGAUUCAUGAGGUUUUUUACAUUACAAAUGUGGCCUCGUGCAGUUUUUCUUAACUGCUCAUGCUACUGGCAUCUGUUGGUGUUUCGGAGAGUUCUUCCUUUCACGGUCAAUACAUGCAUUCAGGUUGGCUUUUUUAUUUUUUGCUAAUCUUGUACAUAAUUUGCUAUUAAGUGUAAGUUAAAUGUGUGCGUGAUUCUUUUUUUUUUUAAGUGAACUGUUCCCAAUAACUUCAUUUGGCAGCAUGUUUGUCUGUCUCGUUGGCAUAUGGCAACAUUCCCCCCCCCCCUUGAAGCAUUAGCCACAAACAGGAUUGGUCGGUGCAUCUCUUCCUUGUGAGUUGGAAGCCAUCACAAACCAGCAUGGCUAUAUCCUCAGACAUUAGGCCAACCUAAUGAACUUCUUCUUUGUAUGAUACUACUUUCUUUGAGUGUGAAGUCAUUGUACAGUUAAAUGAUAGUACUUAGAAAUGGCUAAAUGCGAAAGCACUGAUACGGACUACACUUCUCCUUCCUUUUCUCCGUUGCCAAUAAUCUACUGCAAGGUUCAUAUCUUUCCCUGAUUGCACGUUAAUGGAGGGCCAAUUGACACUACUGCUUCCUUCUUCCAAAGUCCUUUUGCAAAGCUUCUUGUGGAAUGCUCCAUAGGGACUUUUGUGACCAGGGCCAGGAUCUUAAACGCCUGUUCAUGUGUUGAAAGCAACAGGAGAUGGAGUCCCACAGGGAUCCUUGUCUUUGCUGAGAUAGACUAACGUGGCUACCACUCUGGAAAGUGUGCAUGUGCAGUAUUUCUGCACCCUCAAUAGGGAGGCAGCGGGUAUCCCUUGCCGCCUGCAUCAAACAUGCCACAUCAGAGCCUGUCCUAACCUUUAGGAGCAGCUUUUGAGAGGACCAGAAGUUGCUUAGGGAGCAGGGCACAAAAAGCCCCAGGCUUAUAUGGCCACAGGGUUUCCCCCUGCCAUCAUAUGCCUGGGAAUCCUUGCGAUUGAGGUUUAUUGGAUGAAGGUUUGUUGGGCUGAGGUGGCGAAGAAGACCCAAUACAUAGUAGACCCAGUCACAAGCCUUUCUGCCCACGGCUUGGAUUUCCAAGCCCCACUAGUGGGAGCGGAGAAGUGGUUGAUCUUGAGUUGCACUAGUUGGAUAUUGGUGGUACUUAAAUUUGGAAGUUGUCGUGUCUUAUCUCUCUACCCCACCCACACUUUGAUGGUUGAGUUGAAGCGAUUUCUCUCUUGAUUUGUUGCGUGCACAGAAGUACCUUUACACUUCCUAGGACAUAGUCCUGGCGUGCAUUUCUCAUCCUCCCUCAUACUGCAUUCUUCCAUAAACACAAGGGAAGUGUUUGGCUACACAAGUAAGCAAUGUUAGUGACUUCCACAUGGUCCUCAAGUUUAAUCAGCACUGUUACUUAUUUUGAGUAGAUUUCUUUCCACACCAAGGCUGUAGCUUCUAAACCCAUCCAGUUAAAUCGGUGCCGCUCUCUUGAAAUGCGCUGUGUUGUCUUUUCAUACUGUGUAACUUGCCCCCAACAACAUUGUUGCGAGCCGCUGGUUCUUAAUACUUAGCCAGUUACUGCCUCUCCUCAUCUCUCUCUCUCUCUCUUUUUAGUGACCAAGGGCAGGAUUCACUGUGGCCUUAUCUCUGGCUGUUUACUGGCAUUUACUUGUAAGCCUGUAUACGUUGUCUGUUCUUAAUUUUCUCCCGGUUGUAACGUAGUGCAAAUUGCUUCAUGGUGUGUGCUGAAGAGGUAUUGACUUACGCAGCGCUGUUCACUCAUGGACUUCGGGCUUUUCGCUGAAUGUUUUCGGGAUCAACUAGUGCUAAUGUCUGAGGUUUUCAGAAAAAUCAAACUAAUAAUUGCAUACACAGUUGAUAACUGUUACAAGCUUAUCAGCUUUCACAGUUCCCCGGGUGUCAUCAUUUUUGCAUAUAGCUGCAUCUCAUCCUUUUUAAUCUCUUUGCCCUGCGUUGCCCAAAUGGCAUAUAUCCAAUAUUUGUAUCUCUUAAGGAAUUGAACUGAAGGAAUUAUAUCUACUUUUUGCCUUUCUCUACACUACAGGAUAGUGAGAGAGUGUUUUUUGGGGGGAGAGAUAAAUUCACUUUUAAGCAGUACCUUGUAACCUUAGACACUUGGCUUUUGUAACCUUUUCUUUUUCUGGACUAGCUGUCCUGUUAUCUUCAGGUAGGAAAAUUGGUAUAUUGGAAAUAGUCUUCCAGACUAAAAUUAGAAAUAAGCUUUCAUUGCUCUGAGUAAGUUUUAUUUUCUGAAUCUCUUUAGCUGAUGGAUGGAUCCUUAUUUUUUCACGAAUGGGUUUGGCUAUUCAACUUCCAUAACAUAGUGAGCUAAAUUUGCCUGCUAAUGUGCAGUAGUUGGGGGAGGGGGGGAGGAAUGAAACUGUGGUCUACAAAAUGCUUUCGGAAUAAGGUCACUGGCCUAAACAGGGCUACCUCAGAAUAACCAGUCAAAAUGAUCAUAGCUGGCAUAAGAGUGUUAUGCUAUAGCCUUUGAACCCUGUUUAGGGCCAUGUUAUAUAAUCACUUAGAAUAGAGUUUUUCUGAGGCUGCACUACUUUAGGUGGAAGGGACUGUUUUGACUUUUAAAUACCUUAAGUCCCUAUAAAAUCAGCUUAUGGAGGGGAGAGGGUUCAGCCUUUUCCCAUGCUCAUACUAAAUUUCUACAUUCAAGGAGUUCUCUCCCUCUGUGGCAGCAUUCAGACAUGCAGUCCUUCCCUCUUGUAGUGGAACAUCGCAGAAACAACGUUUAUGGCUUGGUUUUCUAACCUGGUCCUUAUUCUUGCAUCAUUGGGGAGGAUAAGUAACAUUUUUGAGUUGAUUCAGACCACUUUUUAAAUUGCUUUCCGAACAAUGUGAGAGAGCAAGCCGUAUGCUCUGUUUUGUAUGGAAAAAGCAGCUCAAUGCUGAGUGCUGCUGUUACAUGUUAGGUCACCGUUAAAGCUUCCGGAACAUAUUUUCUACAGGUCAGUCUCGAGGGGUUGUACAAGUCGUCUGCAAAUCUCUCAAUACAUCUCUUAAGUAGAAUGUGUUUGAUGCACCUCUGACACUGGCACAACCCGUUUCAGACCAAAUAGCUUCAUAGCGGCUUCCAUUCUGAAACAAAACACUUAACUUAUGAAUCAUGGCAUUUAUUUUUUCUUUAGAAAACCGGUUUAUGUGAGUGUAGAGCGUCUGUACUUUUCCUGUGCCAGGUGUUUUAACUUGUUUCCAAACACUGUAAAUGUGGGAUUGGGUGGCAGCUUGGCGUUAGAAGCAAAAUUUGGGUUUCCCUAAACGCUUUUGGGACUGAAGUUUUUCUCUCUCUGUGGAAACUGCAGUACUGAGCAGCUGCUCCAACAUCGUGAAUGUGUGGUGUGUCCCCCCCCCCCAUAUUCUGUUCUGUUUUGUGGAGCUUUAUAUGAUACUCUUCUUACGUUGUAUUGCGCUUUUGGAAUUAGAGCAUCACCACAAACAGGACAUGCAGCAUCCUGGAAGGAGAGAGAUUUGGUCACAGCUCAUGUCUACUUGGAAAUCUGUUUAUACACGUGUGCAUUUGGAAGUGAGUUGGGAGUUUCUUCUCGCUGUGAAUGAAAUUGGCAUUUUGUGCACCCUUCCUUAGUCAAAACCCCUUAGUUAACCCUCUCCCAGCUGCCUACUGACAUGCUCUGCAGCCAAACACUCCAUGUGUCAAACUCCUCCAUCCCUUGGCUGAAGGCAUUGUUGCAUUCCCCACAAUGUUCUUUCAACGUUAUGCAUGGAAUGUCAGAACUUCUCUGGUGCUUGUUUGUGGCUUUCUGCUAAGAAGCCAUUUGUUCUGGCAGCAAUCUCUUGAUGUUGGCUGCUGUUAGGAGUUUUUGUACGGCUGAGGACCAGAUACAUCAGUAGACAGGAAGAGCACAGUUUUCCCUAGACGGGGAAUGCAGUCUUAAAGUAAACAGUUUGGGCUGCAAGCACGCAUCAGUAGUAAAGCCCCUGUUGAUAAGACUUCUGAGUAAGAUUGCAUAUGAUUGAGGGAAUGGGGAAUUCACGAGACGAAACAUUGGUUGCAGGCCUCUUGUGGUGAUGUGUAUCUGUAUGUGUGUAUGUAUGUGCCCAUUCAGUCCUCAAAAGGGUUUUAUUUUGCAAACCGUGCACCUGUAAAACUUGGUAGCAAUAAGAUAGAAGGCUGAUCAAGUCUUUGCUAUACCUUUUGUAGGAAAACGAAUCUGCUCAGAUUUUAUAAUUCACCAGUUAAAGCCUGCAAAUAAUCAGCAGUUUCCAGGAAUAAAUAAAAGUGAAAUGUAUGCCACAUCAAGUGUGUUGUCACAUGUACAGAGUGUGUAAUUAGCUGGUUCAAUAUUUGAUUUUAAAACGUUUCACUCAACUGUGUCAAGAUUAAAUUUAAUGUUCUGUUACUCUUCCUGUGACUAAUUAAUCAAAAAAUGUAUGACACUGAGAUGAUUGCAAACUUGUUAAAAUUUGGGUGCGCUUCUGCACACAAGGGAUUGGUUGACAGUGAAGUCAUCUGUGUAACCAGAAGAGCAGAACAUACCCAUGCAAGAAGUCAACUCUGUGAGGAACUGCACUCUGGACUCCACUCAAACUGGAUAUGGAAUCUCUUUUCAUACAGCUUGUAAAAAAUUGCAGAAGUUAGACAAGACUGUUUUUUUUAUUCAAAUACUGUAAAUAUGAACUAGUUCACUUUUUGAUAUUAUUUAUUAAAUAAGGAAAAAACGAA